AUGGAAUUAUGUGAGUAAUUCAAAGAAACUCUUUAAGAAUAGGAUGACAAUAGAAGAUAAACCUUGAUGUUUAGCGUAUGUAGAAAAUUGAGUAGAAUGUUGCCUUUUCCUUCAAUUAUCUCAGUGUUGUAAUAAAAACCUAAUAUAUUGAAAUAUUUACUGAUCGCCAGUCAAUUAUAUGAAAAUAGUGUAUCAAUAAAUUCAUUAUAGGCCUUAUUAUUAUUAUAUGCUUUAUAAGAUAGGUAUUGGGAAGAAUAGGACUACGUCAAACUGUAUUUUGAUUGCGUUACUAAAUGUCUCAUUAACCAGGAGAUAUAUUGUUAAACUGUGAGUGAUAAUGAAACCAAACUUAGAUGGUUUCUACUAGAGAACUCCAAAAAUUUUAUCUAUAAAAUCUAACUGCCCUUUUUUGACAAUGAAUUUGUUUGUUAAAAGGUAAACGAUUUCUUUAAGAGUUUCAUAAAAUAUAAUUCUAAUUUUGACAUGCUUAAUUCAUGUUUCCAAUUUGCUUUAGAAAGAAGAAAUGUAUGGGUUUUGUUACGAGAAUUGGAUUCGUAGUUUGAAAUCGAUGUUGAAGAUUCCUUAAGUUAAGUGAUGAGUUCAAAGAACUUAGAUUUUAUAAGUGAAAAAAUAGAAUAAAAAAGAGAAGAAGCAUCAAAUUAUGGAUUAACAAAAAAAGAAUUAAAAUAAUAAAUGUUGGAAGAAUGGUUAUUUCAACCAAGUGAAGUACCUUUAUUAGUAGCUAAUCAUGCAACUGUUGAUUAAUUGAGCAGCGAAGUUUUUAAGUCUAAUAUGCUCCUAGACUUGUUUUUGUCAUUUCUAUUGUUUCCAACAAAAAACCCUUAAGUAAUUCCAAAUAAAUUAUAUAAUUUUUAUGUAGAUAUGAAUCCUCCAGAUCCUCCUUCUUUUAGACAAUUAAAUGUUAAUGUUUCAUAAGAAAGAAGACCCUUGAUCCAAUUUAGGGCUUUUAGAACUAUGCAAGUGAUAACUGAUAAUAGAAAUAACUUUUUGCUUACCAGAGUUAACAAGGAAUAUUAUUAAAGAGCAUAUUCAAUGAUUUAUGAAUGUCUAAAAUAGGAUUUGGUAGCCAUCACUAUUUGUCCAGAAAUUAUUGUAUAAUACCUAUCCUUCCUUUUACAUCAAGACCCUGAAAUGUCAAUAUUCUUCCUGAUUUUUUAUAAUAUUCCUUAUAGAUUGAUGCUAUUUUUAGAUAUUCCAGAGAUCUCUUAAUUUUUCACAUAAUUAAUGAAUUUUCUACAAACUCCUUAUAAUAAAGUUCAUAUUUAAUCUAGUUAAUUAAUUUGGAAGUAUUUUGAGCUUUCUAAUUUUUUUUCUGAUUUACUAAAAAUGACUAUAUUUGAUUCAAAAACCAUAGAUGAUGUUAUCACUUUAAAAUCAAAUGAGUUAUAUAGACCUAAGAAAUUAGAAGAAAUAUUAAAACGACCUGAUUUUACUCCCUUAUAAGUUGAAAAGCAAUUUCCUUAACCAGAAUAAAAGAAAGUAGCCGAAGAAAUAGAUGAAUUGGAUUAGGAUCUUGAUAAAAUUUUCCAUUAUCUCCCCAAUAAAUGUUAAAAAACGCUAAAGAUCUUUGAAAGAAUGUUAGAUCAAGCAUCAAAGAAAAAAGAAAGCAAAGCGAAACAAAGAAUGUCUCUUGCAGCUACUCCACCUUAAUUUUUAUAGACCAAAAAUCUAAAAAUUGAAGAAUAAACUACAACGAUAUUCAGUCCUACUAGAAGAAGAACAAUUUUAGCACCGAAAUUAGCAUCUAUGCUUGAUGGUAGUCUUAAGCGAUCAUUAGUUGUUAAUCCUGUUGAAUUUGAUAAUAUGCCUUAAACUACUACAAAUAGUACCACAAGAAGUCAAUUAUAAGCUUUGACUAAUCCAAAUAAUUUGUUUGGAGUGUUGACUGAAUAAAUUUAAUUAAUCAGCAAAAAGAAUCCCUAAGAAAUAGUGUAAAAACCUAUGUUUUAAAGAAUGCUAGUUAAAAGACCAACUCAAAUGAUCAUGCUUCAUAGUAGAUCAUUAUCUAAUCAAAAAAGAUUAAGUCAAUAAUCAUCCUAGAUUAACAUAACUGAAUCCGUGAAUAAGUCAAGAAUCUAAAACUCUAUUAUUUUAAAUAAAUUCAACCAUUUAGUGGGAUCCAUCAAAGGCUAUGAUAUAGACAAAGAGUUUUGUAUUUAUCCCCCAGAGUUAAAAGAUUAAUAAAUUAAUGAUUUUGAAAAAUUGGCCUUUGAUGAUGAAUUCCAGAAACUUUCAUAAAGAAAUGAGAAUUAUUCAAAGGGAGUGUUAUAAUGCAUCUACGAUAUCCUUCAUAUGAUUUUCACUUAAAGGAAGUUUAUUUUAUAAAAUAACCAUCAUUUUGAACAUCCAGAAUUCUAUCUAAAUAUCUUAAUUGGGGAAAAUAAAUCCUGUUUUAUAGAUAUCAUAGCGAAGAAUUAUUUAUUGAAAUAGAAGUAAGAAGAAGAUUUCCUAUGUACUUUCCUUCUUGCAGGUAGAAUUUAUAAUUUAAUAUUGUCAUAGUAUAACCAUAAAAUAUUUAAAUUUAAUUUUAAUGAACAUUUAACAUUAAUAUGUAAGAUACUUUUAACUUAACUUCUUACAUCAAGAUUAUCAAUUAGAGCAAUUACAUUAUUGGAAAGUGUCACAUUGAUAGUAGAAAACACAAAAUAAUAAUUACUCUCUUAUAUUCCAAUAUCAUUUUGGCACUUAUUAAUUGAAACUUAUUCAAUUCACAAUUCCAAUUAAAUAUUUAUAAAUUACUUUAGACGAAUAUUAAUAACUGCGUUCAUAUAUGGGAAUUUAGUUAUUUACAACAGAAUUCUUUUAAAAAUCAAUUUUCUCUCCUAUUUUAAAAAUAAUCCUGAAUAAAUUAAAGGGAUUUUUCUGAUUUUAUAUAUGAUGUUUAAAUUAAGACAAGAUGGGUUAAAACAAUUAAAGAGAUAAAUUAUAUUAUUAUCAUCUUGGACUGCUUUAGCAAAUUGGUUCUAAAAAGACCUAUAAUGCCUUGAAUAAUAAAAGUUUUAAGAGUAUACAAAGGGCCUUAGAAGUGAAGAUAUUACUAGGAUUUAAAUACUUAUUGAAAACAAAGAUUCUAAAAAGAAUAAAUUUUGUAAACCUUGA